AUGCCGUCUCAGCCCCUCCCUCGGAACUUUGCUGCCAUGGCUGCCACGACCCCAUAUGGGCCUGUGAUAACACAGCGCCACCCGCCCGUUACACCCGCCGGCGCGGGUCUCAUCGCCACGGCCAUUAUUAUGCCAGUUGUCGCGACGCUAUGGACGAUUCUUCGAAUUUGGACUCGAAAAAUAAGAGGAGUUUCUACGUGGUUCAUGGAAGACAUCCUGUGUUACAUUGCUGUCUUUUUCUUCUGGGGUCUUGGAAUUAAUUACAUCUGCAUGGUGACAAUUGGCGGCGCUGGCAACCAUCUCCCACAACUGGCCGGGGGCGAUUACCUCUCACGAUUUUCUCAAACUACGUUCGCCGCCCAAGUUCUGUACGCCCUAACUCUUGGAUUCACGAAAAUGAGCAUCACAUGGAUGAUCAAGCGCAUAUUCUUCGAAUCUUACCACGCCUGGAUCCCGUACUCUCUCAUGGUUCUCAACUUUUGCUGGAUGAUGCAAACCAUUUUGACGGGUUUGCUUCUCUGCCACCCGAUCACACUGAACUGGAAUCCGAGCGGCCGAGGCUCAUGUGGCAACCAGACGGUUGCAUUUUCUGCAGUUAGCAUUGUCGAUAUAGUUACCGACAUCUUGAUCAUUUCACUUCCUGCCAAGAUGCUCUGGGGUCUUGGAUUGAAAAGAGCUUAUAAAGUCGCCAUUGCCUGCAUGUUUGGCGCGGGUUUAGUAACCAUUGCAUUUACCGUGGUCCGACUGCAUAGCGUCUUCACUCUUGACUUCUCCGACAUGACCUACAACUUUGUGUCCAUCUCCAUCAUUGGCAUGGUUCAGUCCGGAGUGUCUAUUAUUGUUGCGUCCGCGCCUCUUCUCCGCCCUGCAUUCGAUCGUACGAUUGGCUCGUGGUCCCAUUCUCUUGGUCGCGGUUCUCGAGGCUCGAAGUCGCGGCUGUCGAAAGAAAAACUAUCACGUCGCAAGGUUUCGGCGAAUACAAAACACUCUACGGGUGCUUCGUCACUCAGUAUGAGCAAGAAUGCUAGAACGCCGGCUGGCUUCAAGCAACUUUCAGAAAGCGAGGAGAAUCUGCGGUGGGAGCUCGAUGUCAUGCAUGCUGACAAGGGGAAGACGCUGACAGAAGUAUCCAACGCGCGUUAUGGUGAGGGCACAGAUGAGGAGGAGCCGCCAUUGGGCCAAAUCAAGGUCACACAGUCUACAGAAGUUUCUCACGGAUAA